AUAUACACAAUCAGAAUUGCAACCAUAAGAGAGCUAGCUACAAAGAUCAAGAACCAAUUAACUAAAGAGCUCUAUGGGUCACCAUUCUUGCUGCAAUCAGCAGAAGGUUAAGAGAGGCCUUUGGUCACCUGAAGAAGAUGAAAAGCUCAUCAGAUACAUCACCACUCAUGGCUAUGGUUGCUGGAGUGAAGUCCCUGAGAAAGCUGGGCUUCAAAGAUGUGGUAAGAGUUGUCGCUUGAGAUGGAUCAACUACUUGAGACCUGAUAUUAGAAGAGGGAGGUUUACUCCUGAAGAAGAGAAGUUGAUUAUCAGCCUUCAUGGAGCUGUAGGCAACAGAUGGGCUCACAUAGCAAGCCACCUUCCUGGGAGAACAGACAAUGAAAUAAAGAACUAUUGGAAUUCAUGGAUCAAAAAGAAGAUACAUAAGUCUUCAUCAGCACCUUCAAUGACAACCAUUACUAGUACUACUACUGCACUUCCUUGUACAAAUAAUGAUCAUCAACAUUCCCCAUCUGGUUAUGUCGUCGCGAGCCAACAAGAUUUUCUGAAUCAAGAUUUGGCAACAAAGCCAAUGCCAGUUCAAGAAACCCUAUUGAUUUCUUCUCCUAAUUACCCUUUAUUCAUGUUUGAAACUGGUGCAGUACUUGAAGGGAUUAAUGGGGACGAUAAUGGAAGAACCGGACUUUUUCAUGAACAGGCAGGAUUGAACUGUGAAAGUACUUGGCAUCUAAACCAACAAGAAGUUCAAUCUCUUCCCAUUUCAACAACUUAUACAACUGGUAUGGACAGUAGUAAUUAUUUGCCACCAUUGAUAGACAACAUAGAAAAUAUGGUGCCCAUCGAAAUGCAAAGUCAUGUGCAGUCUUCAUGUGGUAUGAAUGAGGAAGGAGAGAUGGCUUUGGAGUGCUUACAGAGACAGCAGGAAUUGAAUGAAUAUUGGGUUGAAUCCCAACAGUGCCCUAGUUUUCUGUUUUGGGACCAAGGUGAAGGACCUACUCUAAGUGAGGAAGAGAUUGCACCAACUUCAUCAAACAAUAUUGGAGCUAUCCUAUCUUCUUAUCCUUCAUCCUUAUGAAUUAUUAAUGAUUUUUAUAAUUAAUUUGGUAAACACUUUGGUUAUUGAGAAAACAAUUUGUUUAAUUUUCUUUGAUUUCCUUUUUGUUUUGGUAUGAUUUUCAAUGUACAUGAGGUAAUGAAAUGAGAGGAAAUGCAGUAUGAGAGUGCAUGCAAUGUCUGUUGGUCUGUGGAAACACAAGGGAAUUGAAAAGAAUAAAAGAAUCAGCAAAGGUUGAUAAUGGUGAUGAGAAGCUCUUAAUUUUGCUCCUUCACUGUGUUUGCUAUGAUGUUGAAUAAUAGAAUCGGUUUCGCAUU